UGUACCAAGACUAUUGUGAUGCCAUGAGUAACCUUUCUUUGGGGAUAAUGGAGCUUUUGGGAAUGAACCUUGGAGUAGGCAAAGAAUAUUUUAGGGAAUUAUUUGAAGAGAAUAACUCAAUAAUGAGACUCAAUUACUACCCUCCUUGUCAAAAACCAGACCUCACUUUGGGCACAGGACCUCAUUGUGACCCAACAUCUUUGACCAUUCUUCACCAGGAUCAAGUGGGUGGCUUCCAAGUUUUUGUUGACAAUGAGUGGCAUUCCAUUAGCCCAAAUUCUAAUGCUUUUGUUGUCAACAUUGGUGACACUUUCAUGGCUCUAUCAAAUGGGAGGUACAAAAGUUGUUUGCAUAGGGCAGUGGUGAACAGCAAGACAACAAGAAAAUCUCUGGCUUUCUUUUUGUGUCCAAAGGGUGAUAAGGUGGUUAGUCCACCAAGUGAAUUGGUGGAUGAAUUGACACCAAGGAUGUACCCAGAUUUUACAUGGCCUAUGUUGCUAGAGUUCACUCAGAAACAUUACAGAGCUGACAUGAAAACCCUCGAGGCAUUCACCAACUGGCUUCAACAAAAAAGAAGCUGAGAUUUCAACCACGUGGAUAUAUGAAUCACAUAUUAUGUAUUAGCCUUUGAUAUGAAUAGUAACAAGUCUCAAGUCGAAGUGUAUUGAUGACAGAAAGCACUUAAAGGGAUGCAAAAAAAAAUGACACUGAGAUUGAAAAUUCACAUUUUCUUCAUGAUUUGAGUGUUGCUAUGAACAAAACAAGGGAGAUAAAAUAUUUAUAAGGAAUUAGUAAGAAAAUUUGCUAGCUAAUUUUGUAAUUUUUCUUUGGUGAUAUAGAAAAGUUAUUAAUAAAUUUGUAA